AUACAUGGGAAUCACGAAAUGCGAAAAAAGUAAGAGAAGCAGAAGAAAAAAGCAAAGCAGUGGAUGAUCAAUCUUUGGAGAAGGAUUUGAAGAAAGAAGAUGUUGAUGAUAAAGAAUAUCCUUGUUUAUUUAGAGCUGAGUGUGGAAAGAUUAAGAUCAGUACUUUGGUUUCACCGUCUGAUACAGACAAAUUUUUUACGGGAUAUACUACAACAGCCUAG